GCUUCAGAAAGGGCGGCAGAAGGCAGCCUGUGCUUGGCUUUGGAAGGGUCGGACACACUCCCUGCAAGAUGCUGCCGCGCCUCGUGGCCCCCCACUUGGCCCUCCUGCCCCUCCUGGCCCUGGCAGGGGCCCAGGCCCAGCAAGACCUCUGCGAGCAGGAGAUGAACAGGAUCAAAGACUUGCUACAGGUGAGCUGCGCAGGGAAGGGGCUGUCCGGGGUGCCCGCGGGGCUGCCCGAGGCCACGGGCAUCUUGCUGCUGGGCUCCAACCGCCUGGCCAGCUUCUCCACGGCUUGGCUGCAGCACCUGCCCGACCUGACCGACCUGGACUUGUCUUCCAACGGGCUGGCGGGCUUCGAGGCCGACGCCGCUCUGCCCCGCCUGCAGGAGCUGGUGCUGUCCCACAACGCGCUGGAGAGCCUGCCCGCCCUGCGGGGGACGCCCCGCCUGCGGCGCCUGGCCCUGGGCCACAACGCGCUCGCCUGGCUGCCCGAGGGGGGCUUCCGCGCCCUGGGGCGACUCGCCGACCUGGAGCUGCAGGGGAACCGCCUGGAGAGGCUGCCCGCCGGCGCCUUCGCGGGCCUGGCCGCGCUCAAGGACCUGGACCUGUCCGACAACCUCCUGCAGGAGCUGCCCGCACUCCUGCUGGCCGGGCUGGGGGCGCUGCAGACGCUGCGGCUGGAGAGGAACCGGCUGCGGGCCGUGCCGGAGCGCUUCUUCCCCAAGGACCACUACUUCGCCUACGUCUACCUGGAGGGGAACCCCUGGCUGUGCGACUGCGCGCUCCGCUACCUGCGCACCUGGCUCCUGGGGAACGAGUUCUGCGUCUACAGCCGCGUGCAGGGACCGGACAAGGAGAUCACCGAGAACGCGCCCGAGAACGUCACCUGCCGGGACCCCCCCGAGCACGCCGGCCACCCGGUCAUGCACUUCCGGGCCGCCUGCGGGGAGGAGAGCACCGAGGCCCCGCCUGACCCCAGCGCCGCCCCCUCCGCCGCCCCGGCCCCCUCCAGCCGGGCCGCAGCCACCGCCCCGGGGCGCCCUCCUGCCUCCACCGCCACGCCCUCCACGGCGCCCUCCUCUGCCACCUCCAUUGCGCCCUCCAGCCGGGCCGCAGCCACCACCCCGGGGCGCCCUCCUGCCUCCACGGCGCCGCCCUCUGCCACCUCCAUUGCGCCCUCCAGCCGGGCCGCAGCCACCGCCCCGGGGCGCCCUCCUGCCUCCACCGCCACGCCCUCCACGGCGCCCUCCUCUGCCACCUCCAUUGCGCCCUCCAGCCGGGCCGCAGCCACCGCCCCGGGGCGCCCCCUUGCCUCCACCGCCACGCUCUCCACGGCGCCCUCCUCUGCCACCUCCAUUGCGCCCUCCAGCCGGGCCGCAGCCACCACCCCGGGGCGCCCUCCUGCCUCCACGGCGCCGCCCUCUGCCACCUCCAUUGCGCCCUCCAGCCGGGCCGCAGCCACCACCCCGGGGCGCCCUCCUGCCUCCACGGCGCCCUCCUCUGCCACCUCCAUUGCGCCCUCCAGCCGGGCCGCAGCCACCGCCCCGGGGCGCCCUCCCGCCUCCACGGCAGACCUGCCCGCCGCCCCCUGCCUUUGCCCGCUGCCGCCCGGCGUGGCCUUGGGGCUGAGUGGCCGGCAGCGGGCGCUGUCCUGGGGCGCCUGGCUGGCCGCCCGCCGCUGCCCGCUCCGCCUGGCCCUCUACGCGGCCUGCCUGCUGCUGGCGGCCCUGCCGGCCCUGGCCCUGCUCUGCCUCGGGGCGCGGCUGUGGCUCGGCCGGUGCCCCCGCGGGCCAGCCGCGUACCAGCCGCUGCAGGCCGUGGCGGCGGCGAGCCACACGCGCCCCGAGCCCGGGGGCGGCGGCCGGCCCCGCCGGUACCGCGCCUGCGAGAGCCGGGAGGUGGGCCCCCGCCGCCACGUCUCUUGGCUCCUGGUGCCCUUGCCGGGCCCCUCCGGGCAGUGGCCCUGGGAGCGCGCGGGCGGCCUGGGCGCGGCGCCGGACGACUCUGCCGCCGCUACCGCCGCCCUGUAG